UACAUUUCUUAUCAAAACAAAACCCGAAAAUUAUGAAAUCUUAUGAAAACAAACAAUACUGAUUUAGAUUAUAAACUUCUUUGACUCCCUGUCAUUAUGGAACGCAGACAAUAUGAAAGCACUAUUUUUCCAAACCGUAGGCAACAGAUGGUUUUGAAACAUACAAAAUAUUGAAAAUUAACAAUAAAGUUGAUGAUUAUUUAUGAACUUUCAAUAAUAACAUUUUUACUAUGUUUCAGCUUCGCAGUACAGAAUUGGAAAAUCCACAAUCUCGGAGAAAAAACAACCUUUCCGGUUGUGUGAACAUGAAUUCAAUGGGCUGUUUAAAGGAAUGAUGCCAGAUACUCUUAAAAACAUCAUUAAAAAUAAAUUUCGCAACAUAAACAAGUCAGUGAAUGGGAAGUUCAUAGUUGACUUAGCAUCAGAUAUGCUGAAAAAUGAACAUGUCCUAGAGAAACUUAUUGCUAUGCUGCAGCCCAUUUAUUUCAAGAUUUUGAACACAGCUUCUGAGUCAGACAAUAACACAAAUGAGUCAUUACUACGCACGUUUCACUCAGCAGUGUUUACUGAAGAGAUAACUUCAACAGUUAUGAAAAUAUGCUUAGAAUUAUCCAAUGACAUGAGAGUCCGUCAAUUUAUAGGUAUUCUCCAUCGCCAACUGAUAACUGAUCUGGUAGAAAAUAGGUCUAAAAUCUACAAGUCCUCUAUCCAAGGAGAAAAUGCUGAGCUUACAAAAUCUGAUCAGUCCGUUCUUAUGAUGAUAGCAGGGUAUAUCCUUCAUCAACUGACAAAGAAAAUACCUGAAGCUGAGAUAGAAGCAGUAAACAACCUGAUGAAAAAUGAGCGAGACUCGGAAAAGACCUUUGUCUCUAAAUAUUCAGAGUGGACAAAAGAAAUAAGUCGCGGGGGAUUAAAAAUUCCAAGCGACAUUUUCUUUCUUUUCAUACGAGAAUGUGAAAUUUGUGUUCGUAAGAACAUCAGUGAAUCAGACAUGACAAAAGACAGUUAUAUUACUGCAAAGGAAAUAAUAAUGGAUGACCAUAUGGUAAAAUUCUAUGGAGAAAAACUUGUGUCAGGACCAGCAUCACAAUUUGUUAUUGAAAAGAGUAUUGCCAUCUUUCUGAAUGUGCGAGGACCAGCAGUUGCCCGAAUGAAGAAAAUGACAUUGUUAAAUGAGACUGAAUCAAAAAAGUCUUUGAGAAAAACAUUGCAAGACAAGACAAACAAAUGUUGAACUGUCAUAGAAAAUGACACGCUCUUUUCAAAGGAAGCAAGUAACUAUGCUUGCGUGAAC